AAAACAGAAAACUCCAGCUGUAAUACUUCGCUAGAUCAUCCGUGCUCUCAGAAUAGGAACAGCAGUGAUGACCACCAAAACCUACAACGUCAUUGUCGUUGGCUAUCAGGGGCAAGGGAAAUCUGCAACUGUAAUGAAAUUAUCCGGGGACCCUAAUUAUAAAGGAAAAAGUGGCAAAAUUGCACGUAAGACUUUCAGGCUCAAGGAACCGAGCUUGUGCGCUGUCCACGUUGUGGACACACCUGGCUUAGGAUCCCUGACUACAUCUGACCAUAAGACAUUGGAUAGAAUAUACAAUGAAGCCAGGUGUCUGCAGCACGUGGACGCAAUAUUGAUUGUGUUUAAAAUGGACCGAAUUAAAAACACACAAAUGAAAGCCGUAGAGCAGUUUCGCAAAAUUUUCGGUGACAAUUUUCUUCAGAAAAGCAUCAUUGUACUUACAUUUGCCGAUGUCGCAAAACACCACAACGCUUCCAUUGGAGAUUUUUUAGCCAGUUCGCCAGAGACAUUUCAGAGUCUUUAUAAAAAUUGCUGUGAACGAAUAUGGUGUGUAGAAAACAGUGACUGGGAAGACCGAGAAGAGAAACAGGACGAGUUAAUGGAGUUGAUAAAAUCUGUUGAAACGGUGCCGUAUAAAGUUCCUGGUGCUGGAAGGGUGAUUUGCUGUGGAAAAAGUGCUGUGUGUAUUGCUGUCACUGUUGCUGUCGUUGGCGUUGUUGUCAUCGCUGUUGCCGUCGUGGUUGGCGUUGCAGUUGCCAAUACUUAAACAUGCACUGGUCCAAAGCAACCGAACUGAUUCCUACAGAAUGGCAGCAAGUACUUUCACGACAUCAUAGACAGCGCAAUGUAAUAAACUGCUGAGGAUCAGUGGUAGUCACAUGACAGCCACAUGACCCCCCCCCCAGCAUGGAACCGCGAGGUGAUAGAUU